AUGCUCGGUGCCGCCGGCUUCAUCAUCCCGGAGGCCUUCAACAAAUUCGGUGCAAACUGUGGCCCCGAGGCCGUCUGGUCCAAGACCGGGGCGCUUCUUCUUGACGGGAGCACGCUGAACUACUUCGGGAAGAACAUCCCCAUCAAUCUUGUCGUUGCAGUCAUCGCUGAGAUAGUGCUCGUCGGAGGUGCAGAGUACUUCAGAAUCAUCAACGGACUGGAUUUGGAGGACAAGCUCCACCCUGGGGGACCAUUCGAUCCCUUGGGGCUGGCGAAUGAUCCCGACCAAGCCGCGCUUCUGAAGGUGAAGGAGAUCAAGAACGGGCGGGUGGCCAUGUUUGCCAUGCUCGGCUUCUUCCUGCAGGCCUAUGUCACCGGAGAAGGGCCGGUGGAGAACCUCACAAGACAUCUGAGUGACCCAUUCGGGAACAAUCUGCUCACUGUCAUCUCCGGAGCUGCUGAAAGAGCUCCAACUCUGUGACUCCCCAAAUCUUCUCAUCUUGUUCGCAUAGUAAACUGUCAUUUGAGACUUUGAAGUAAUUCCCAUUUCAAUGCAAACCUCCAUGAUUACAUCUCUCUUGUUUGCUUCAA